GGGCCAGGGCCGGCUGGGGACCAGGCCGGAGGCUGAGCGGCGGCGGCGGCCGGGAGGGGGGAGGAGAGGCGCAGCCGGAGGAGCCGCCGCAGCAGCUCCCCCGCCUCCCGGGCUGAGGGAUGUAAGGGCUCCCCCCCCCCAGGAAUUUUACAAUUUCAAACAAUGCUGUUGUUAUGGACUUUCUUAUACUUGUCUCCUGGUGCCUGUGUCCAAGUUCCUGUGGAGCUUACUCUGAGGAGUGCAGCUGCUGGAUCAUAGGCCUCCCGAUGUCCACCUUGGAGCUUGUGCUUUGUCCUUGUUCAAGCCCUGGUCACCAAGAGCAGAACACAGAUCUAGCUGUCGUCCUACCCCACCUCCUUCUCAGCCCCUCCUGCGGGUCUCCUUGUUCGUCAGUGCUGAGGCUCAGAAUUUUAGGAAAGAAAGAUGGAUCAGCCUAGUGGAAGAAGUUUUAUGCAAGUGUUAUGUGAAAAAUACAGUCCAGAAAACUUUCCCUACCGCCGUGGUCCUGGGAUGGGAGUCCAUGUCCCUGCCACACCUCAGGGCUCUCCUAUGAAAGAUCGCCUCAACCUCCCAAGUGUGCUAGUGCUGAACAGCUGUGGAAUAACCUGUGCAGGAGAUGAAAAAGAAAUUGCUGCCUUCUGUGCGCACGUGUCGGAGCUAGAUCUUUCUGACAACAAGCUCGAAGACUGGCACGAGGUCAGUAAAAUUGUAUCAAAUGUUCCCCAGUUGGAGUUUCUAAACCUGAGUUCCAACCCUCUGAAUUUGUCGGUUUUAGAAAGAACAUGUGCUGGGUCCUUCUCUGGGGUUCGCAAACUUGUCCUCAACAACAUCAAAGCUUCAUGGGAGACAGUCCACACGAUACUGCAGGAGUUACCAGAUUUGGAGGAGCUCUUCCUGUGCCUUAAUGACUAUGAAACAGUGUCUUGUCCUUCUAUUUGCUGUCAUUCUCUUAAGCUACUACAUAUAACAGACAAUAACCUCCAAGACUGGACUGAAAUACGGAAGCUAGGAGUUAUGUUUCCUUCACUGGAUACCCUGGUCCUGGCCAACAAUCAUCUGAAUGCUAUUGAGGAGCCUGAUGAUUCAUUAGCCAGGUUGUUUCCCAAUCUGCGAUCCAUCAGCCUCCAUAAGUCAGGUUUGCAGUCCUGGGAAGACAUUGACAAACUAAAUUCAUUCCCCAAACUUGAAGAAGUGAGAUUGUUAGGAAUUCCUCUUCUGCAGCCAUAUACCACUGAGGAGCGGAGGAAGCUGGUGGUAGCCAGAUUGCCUUCGGUUUCCAAGCUUAAUGGCAGUGUUGUUACUGAUGGUGAACGAGAAGAUUCUGAAAGAUUCUUUAUUCGUUACUAUGUGGACGUUCCGCAGGAAGAAGUGCCAUUCAGCACAUGGCACCAGAUCAAGGUGCACCUUCAUUCUUUGGCAUGUAGACAUGCAGUUUCCCAACACCAUCUGUUGAAGAGACCAUUCUUUCCCCAGUAUCAUGAACUGAUCACAAAAUACGGGAAGCUGGAGCCUUUGGCAGAAGUGGACCUAAGACCCCAGAGCAGUGCGAAAGUAGAAGUCCACUUUAAUGAUCAGGUGGAAGAGAUGAGCAUUCGCCUGGACCAGACAGUUGCAGAACUCAAGAAACAAUUAAAAACUCUAGUGCAGUUACCGACGAGCAACAUGCUUCUCUACUAUUUUGACCACGAAGCGCCCUUUGGCCCAGAGGAAAUGAAGUACAGUUCUCGGGCCUUGCAUUCCUUCGGCAUUAGGGAUGGAGAUAAGAUUUAUGUGGAAUCCAAAACAAAGUAACCUCUACCGGCCUUGUAACAACCCACACAUGAGGACUGAUGCAGGGCAUUUGUUUCCAAUAUGGUUUCCUUUAGAAGACUGCUUUUGUUUGGUUUGAUUUUGUUUAGGUUUGGGAGGGGUUUUGUAUGUUUCUCCCCCCUGAGAACAGGCAGGGGGCCAUUUUGGGUAUUUUCUACCACAGAUUUCUUCUGCUCCGCCAGCAGAAUUGGCCGCAUCUCCAGUCUGCGGGCCCUCUCUCGUGAAAGAUGACAAAGAAGUCACCGACUUGUUGCUGUGUUCUCCGGGGCAUGUCUGCCUGGUUCAGAGGACCAGGAAUGUGCUGGUGAAGGCGGCGUGCACUACGCCCGCCCCUCAGACGGGCAUCUUGGGGUCUUUCCAUCAGGAAGCAGGAGCCUGCGCAGGGAGGGCCCGCGCUUCUCUCCCCUGCUUCUUCCUUUGCCCUGCUCUGCCACCUUUUUCCUGUUUGGGUUCAGUUUUGUCUUUGAAUUCCGUCACCACAUGUUUACCUGAUAGUUCCAUCCUGCUCGUCAUUAACUUCUUAUUUCUCAACUUGGUGAUUGCCCCUGCCCUGCCAUCUCAUUUCUCCCUUUUAAAAUAAUUUUAAAUGUUUUACCCAUUUUCAGCCUGAUUCUGAUCUCAGGUACUCAGUAAGAACCUGUAACCCUGUUGAGAUGUUGAAGAAGAGUAAAUGGAGAGGUAAACUCUGGGAGAGCCUGCUGUUGUCCUGGAAGCCCAGGCAGAGUGUUCUGAUCUCUGUGUUUGUCACUGUUUCGCUUUCUAUGUUCCUCACCUAUGAGAUCAGCCAUUGCUUUGAGAACAUGAAACAUGGCAGGUUCCAGAGUUCUUUGAUUUUUGCUUGUUGAGCGUAUUUCCUUGUAUCUCUGAUUACUUUAAACUACUGGGACUAGAGGCCUGACUUCAUGAAGAAUCCCAGAGAGUAGAAUAUAUACAGCCAGGGGAGUUGAGACUCAGCUAAUAAAGCAUCCUUGGUGUGUGUGAGGAAGUGGAGCGGGGGGAUGUGAGAGACCGAGCUGUACGACUUCCUGGCCUGUGUCACCCAUUUGAAGCCCUGCUUUUGCACUUUGGGUAAAAGGUGGGAAAUUUUAAUCAAAGGGAGCUUUGAUUCCCAGUUCUUUCUUGGGGCUUUGUGAUGUCAUAAAUGAGCACUUUUCUCUGUUUUACGUUUCAAUUUAGUUGCCCCUAGAGAAGAACAGCUCUGCCUAAUCUACAAGUAAAGAUGUAAGUGUCAAAACUUCAGAAUUGCCUCCAAGUCCUAUUUUUUUGCAAAGGCAAAUUUCAAGCACUUUCCCUUUUAAAAGCCAGUCCCUCACCUGCUCUGACAUCUUUUUGUUUGUUGUUCUGUUCCUUCACUAACCAGAUGGAACCCCUUUCUUCAGUGUAAGUCUUUGUGUCCACCAGGUCUGUCGUGGGAGUCAUGAGAAAUACGUGGCAGAACCGGAGCAGGAGGUGUGCGGGCUGAGUGAUUUCCUGGUUGCAUUUGCCCUUUGUUACGUGCUUCCAGCCCUCCUACAAAUUUAGUUUCUUCUGAAAUUCUGGAUGGCUCUCAUAUUAUUCACGCGUGGGCAGUUGUGCUUAUUAUUGCUAUGUUUUUAUUUUCCUAUUCCUGUGGCAGACGUUCCUUCUGUUAAUGCACUUCAGGUUCAGUAUCUGUAAAGCCUUCGACCCAGGCCACUGAGUCAAAUCUACAUUCAUUGUAACAUUGAAGACGGAAACCAAAGGGUCUGAGAAGAUGAUGCGUGAGGCCUGAUCUCCUCCUACAGACUUUUAUCUUUCACAGUCAUAAACGAGCAACGGAGAUCCAGGCUGGGUUUAGACAAGAGUAGUUAUUUUGUAAUCACAUUUUUUUUGGGCAGAUAUUUGGAAGUAGGGAAAUAGUACAGCAACAGUGUUGUGAAUAUGAAAACUAUGGGUGCUUUGUGUGUGUGCACACGAGUGCAGAGGAGUUUGAGAGAGGAAUGGUGUAACUGAGCCCGUUGCUUUUGUCAGCCUGGGAAACAGAUGCUCUCUUAGUUUUUGCAGUCGUAUGACCCCUGGCUGUCCCACGGCAGAAGGCAGAGUGAACACUUGUGCUAUCAAAGGUGGAAUGGUCACAAUUACUAAGAUAUUUUCUAUAUGACAAAGUUUUAUGAAAUGCUUUUUUACUAUUAGAGACCUGUUUCUUCUGUUCUCGCAGAACGCAGUGUAUAUCAACUGCAGCGUAAUUCCUUUUAUUCUACAGUUGCAUGUGAAGGGAACUUCUCAUUUCAUUCAGCAGACAUGGGUAUUUUUAGGGUGUUGUAAUUGAUAGUUUUAAUAAUUGCUGAAUAAUUUUUGAUUAAGAAAAAAAUCUAAUACAAUUACUGGUCUUUUAGAGUAAAUGGACAGAGGUAAAUGAGAAAAGCUAUUUGAGCAUGUGUACUUAUAGAUUCCUUUGGGUGGCUGAGUAAAGACGCUGCUCUUGGAAUGAAAUUGGUGCUGUGUAGACACUUGUAACCAAAAUUAUUUUUAUAACAGGCCCAGAAGAAGGAGAGAAGAGACCAAGGACCUCUGAGUCCACAAGUUAUGCAUAUUUGAUUGUCUAUAGCUUAUCUGUAUUUUAAUAUUGACUCUGUCCAGGUUAGUGAGAGCAUAUAUUAACGUUUGUGAGGCAAAAUGCUGUCAUCGCCAGUAUUACAGAUUGUGUUGCUACAGGCACAGUGUAUAGAACAUAUGUUUUCUAAAAUAGGAUUUUUUUUUUCAGUUAUGAAAAAGGAAAGAAGUAAUAAAAGAAAGCCAAAUCAAAACCAAGGGACCCUUUCUACAUCGCUACUGAAGCCACAGUAGAAAUCAGUUUUUGGAUUUUCAUUGUUGAAAUAACUUAGAUUGCUUUAAAGGAAAAAAAAAAAGUCCAGUCGUCUGUCUUUAUUAUUAAAAGUUUGUGUUGUUACUGCAACUCCUCAUCACCAUUGCCAUGAUAUACAAGAAAGCAGCAGAUAUGAUAAGCCCCUUGUUUUAAAAGACCAUUCAGUGACGAGCCCAAAAUAUAAGCGUAGCUUUGUAUAACAGGACAGAAAGCUAUGAUGCAAUGUUUUACAAAAGUUCUGUUUCCCGAAGAAGAAAGAAAAAGAAGGAAGGAAGGAAUCAAGGAAGGAAGAAGGGAGGGAGGGGGUGAGGGGAAAAAAUGAAAUUCAUUUCUAACUAGAUAUUUCAGCUGUGUCGGCAAACCUGCGGUGUUAGGAACAGAGAACCCUUGUUGCACAAAGAGCUGCUCUGCAUUUGAGGCCCGCGGCUGAUACCUGUUGCUAACGCACACGGAGUGUGACUUGCUACAUGGGAGAUGCCAGGCUCCGGGGCAUGUAAAACACGAAUACAGGACACUAGACUGUUCUCAGCAAUGUCAUUUCUGUUUAUGAAGUUGACUUUUCCUCUCAUUACAUGUUAGAUUGAAAAUGCAAACUGCUCCCAAGCACAUCCUGAAGCUAUCUGUGUUACCAGAUAUGUUGUGAACACUCUACUGUUUUUCAUAGGUGCUUCCUUAAAAUCUAUGUCCAUGUGUAGUGAUGGAGAGGGACUGGACUCUCUCAGGCUCUUUACUUGCUGGUUGUCUCCUGCAGUUAAUGGAAAUAUAUAUUUUGUUUUAGAAUAUAAUUUAAACAUGAAGGUCUAUUCUUUGCACUUUUAUUAACAUAUAUAUAGAGAGAUAAUCUUUAAAAAAUUAAAAAUCCA